CUUCUGUACAGCUGAAGAGGAAGGCUGGCCGAAACGUUCCUGGAAUCCUCCCCCAAAGAUGUGUCGCGACUCGCGAACGGCAUUCUGCUGUUUCUCCAGAUAAUCCUCAGCGUCGUCUCUUUCCUCCAAAGGAACUCUGCCUCCCAAAAAGACACCCGCCAGGUGUUCUCCUUCCCACCGUCUCGUAUCGAUAGUUCUCCGAGCGCGAACAAGUAUGCAUGGGCACCCUUUCCUCUGUGGGACCCAUGAUUGCCAGAUUCAUGACUUACUUUGGAUGCGAUAUACACUACUAGUAUCCUCUUCGGCCUACCGUCCGUUAAAACGGCACGUGCCAUCCGAGUCUCGCUCUUUCACCAUGACUACGUUUCCUCCAGAGCUUGUAGAGAUAAUCGUACAUCAAGUCUGGUACUCUCAAAUGCCGUCCACCAUCCGAAAGUCGUUCAUGGCCGCUUGCCUCAGCAUCAACCGAACGUGGAAAGCCGUAUAUGGCCCUAUUGCCUCUCAAGAUAUGUAUAUCACCAACCUCACAUUCCUGGACUAUCUGUGCGACAUCGCCCAGUCCAGGAAAUCCAUUAUCUACCAUGACUUCAUCCCCCGGCUUACCCGUACCAUUACUUGCUUCGUCGACCUCCGAGAAAACGAAAGGGAAGGAGCAGUGAAAGAGGUGUAUGCGCUACCUAGCAUCCGUGGUUUCUAAGCUCUGUUUCCGCUUGUUCCGUAUAUAUCUUUCAAAAUCGUUUGGAUCGGCAUUGGGUGGUAUUCAUCUUUACAGUUCCUCCGUGGUAUUCCCAUUCGUACCUGUUACGACCGAUUCCUGUUUGAUGUCUCCCCCAAACGCUGGAGGAGGUGAAUGGACGUGUAUGUUUCCAUCAUAGACUUGGACCCUUCGGCGGUCAUACACGACUGUGACUGGUCUGACGUGUUUUGCAAAUUGCUCAGAUAUGAUGGGUUGGUAAUUGACGGAGCCCGA